CACACGCUACGCCGUCUGCGCUCAUCGCCUCGCGCAACCAUAACAAACGUGGCUGGGUCGGCGGCUGCAUCGGCUGCACUGUACGAGAUGAAAUGACAACAUCGUAGUGUCGCGUGAAUACGGCCGGAGAACGCACCGGAUAUAAUUGUACCCGUCUUGUUCUGCUGAACUGAAUACUGAAGCUCGCGGAGAAGAUAAGAUACACAUCUUGAAUUUGAAAGGAGCUUCCCCCCGACCUAAACAAUGGAUCAAAGACUAGCUGUGCUUGCCCUGUGUCUCCCUUUCCUCACGAACUCUGUGUUGGGCGAAAUAUGUCCCGGAGCAUGUCGCUGUGAAUAUACGGAAGCUGGCAAAUACCGGACGCAGUGCUCCCAGCCAGGACUGCGCGAAAUCCCCGUACUCGACCCCAACACGCAAAUACUGGAGAUCGUCGCUUCCUCCGGCAACCCGAACCGAUUCCACGGUCUUCCGCACAAAGCCUUUCUCAGCUACAGGCAACUCGAGGAGGUGCACAUCGUGUAUGGCAACUUAAACGGCAUCGGCGACCACGCGUUCAUCGGUCUCGACAAGUGCAGGGUGAUAGACCUGCAGCAUAACAACAUCGCGCUCAUAACGCAGCGCAAACUCUUCGGAAUUCAGAACUCGCUGACGUCUCUCAAUCUGUUCGGCAACAACAUCACCGAGCUCGCGUCUGGAACAUUCAACCAGCUGUCGCGGCUCGAGUAUCUCAACAUCGGCGACAACGGUCUGCACAAGUGGUCGUCGAAGCUGUUCGAGAACCUGUACAGCCUUCGCACGCUCAUCUUCGACGACAACCCGAUCGGCGAGCCGGACGGAUACGUCGACGCCGACGUCUUCAAGGACACGCCCGAGCUGCGCGAGUUCUCGGCGGCCAACUGCAGCCUGUCGGUGCUGCACGCGAAGACCUUCCGGCACAUGCGGAAGCUCACCACUCUGAACCUCGCUCGCAACCGCCUCGCCGGCCGCAUGAAGGAGAACCUCUUCAGCAAGCAUCUCGUGAACCUGCGCGACCUCAACCUGGAUGCGAACAGGAUGAAAGCGAUCCCACCGCGCACCUUCAACGGGCUAGACCUGGACAGCCUGAGUCUCGCCGACAACCGGCUGAGCGAGGGCGUCGAGCGCGACGUCUUUAUGGGUCUGCGCGCGCAGAGGCUCUCCCUCGCCAAUAACGGAUUCCGAAAGAUCGAUCCGGCGAUCACCGACCCCAUAGCCGAAGGGCUUCACCACCUCGACAUCAGCAGGAAUCCGCUCGACGCGGCGCACUUGGGAAAGUUCCUCGACUCGCUGCCCGAUUUACAGGAGCUGAAUCUGACGGGGUGCGGAUUCGCGGACGUGCCGCACGGUGCCGUCCCAAGCUCCGCUCGUCUCUCUGCGCUCACGCUCGCGGGCAAUCGCCUCACGGAUUUCCCACCGCGCGCCGUCGCAGACCUCGCUUUCUCCGGCACGAGGCUCGACCUGAGGGGCAACGAGUUCAGCAGCAUCAACCUGGAGCUGGCGAAGGAGUUGAGGAAGCUGCCGGCGGUGUCGCUGCACGGCAACCCGUGGCACUGCGACUGCGGCAUACGGCCGCUGUUCGAGUGGGUGCAGGAGACGGAGCCAGCGAACUGCACCGACGAGCCGGAGAGCCUGUCCUGCCUCGUGUGCGCCUCGCCGGAAGAGUACGCGGGCGGACUCAUACGCGAGCUGAACGCCAGUGAUGUUGUCACCUGCCCGCUAGUGAUCAGGGCGAAGCAGUUGAACGCCGACGCAAAGAUCGGUCUCGCGAUCGCCGUCAUGGUGAUCGCGAUCCUCAUCAGCAUCAUCAUCGCGAUCAUCUGGAAGAGGAGGCAGGUGGACUACUACACGAACGAGGAGAAGCGCUCGGCCGAGGAGAAGGCCGUGCCGGUGACGUGGGCGGGAGAGCCAGCCAACGAUGAGCUGCCACUGAACGGCUCUGCACAGACCACGCCGACGAAGAUCGCAGAGACCACUGAUAACGUCGUCGAAGAGACAGAGGCGAUGAAUCACAAAGACGACGACAGGCCAGUGUCCUGGUCAACGUCUGUAUAGAAAGGAGAGCAGUCGUUGGACUAUCUUUUAUAUAACAAUGCAUAUAUUCGAUCCGUUGUUUGGAACUGGUUCAAUUAACUAAAAGGUAGAAACAGUAUGUACAGCUUCCCCAAGAAGAAAAUAGCACGGCCCACCUCCAUUCGACAAUGGUCAACUGGUCGUCGAUGUUUGUACUAGUAUGAGAAAGUAUGAGAAAAAACGUCAAAAACUAGUACAACUUGAAACUGGCGCAUGCAAUUGAGGCAGCAUUCAUUACACACAAGAUUAAACAGCGCAAGAAGUGAAGAUUUCGAAGGAGCAAACAAGUCACUAAUGGAUUUUCCAUCUUGAGUGCAUUUAUAUAUUAGCAUAUAACGUCGCCUGUACUACGGAGAAAGUACGAAACGUUUGCUAAGGAAAAUAUGCAAGCAUUUAUUUCUUCCCGUUGAGAAUUUCACGAAAACAUUAGAAGACAUGUGGCAUAUUCAUCCUAACAUGUCAUCCGUAUCUAAUUAAUUCCACUUAAGACGUGCAAAUAUGGACUUCACCCUAUCCUUCAUGCACCCAUAUUUAAUUGCGGCAGUUUUGUGUAUACGCAAUAGUUUGACAGAUCAUUUUGAGAUUUGACAUAGCUUUUGUAGACUACUACACUGUACCCCCGCAGUGCCCUCCUGUAUAAUAUUUCUCCCAAUAGAUGGCGCGAGGGGCUGAUCGCGCUCUCUCUCUCUCUCUCUCUCUCUCUAUAUUGCAUAUAUCAUAUAUUGGAUAAUCUCAUUGGCUAUCCCUGUUCUGGGGUUGUAUUACAGUACAUGCUCGUGUUUCUACUUUUUACAAAUGUUUGCCAAAGUGAGAUACUAUGGCAAUGCUGUUUUACGGUCUUUGAUUUAAAUGACAGCUAUACUCUGUGUAUCAUCUUGGGAUAGCUUUCUAAAGAAAAUGUCAGAUACCGGUCUAUUUAUGUAAUAAGAUUGUACAUAGCCAAGUUCGUUAGUUGUUCCUUCUUAAGAGUAUUUGUGCCUGUGCAGAAAGAUAGCUGUGCAGUGGUGGUAUUAUUCUAUUUAAUAUAUUUGGUGUCUGUGAAUAGUAUGAUACGUAUAUGUGUUGUGUAUUUAAAGUAAAUAUUUUUGUAUGUCUGUAUACAAGCAGGAUACGUACGUUCCAACAGUAGUCCUGAUUGGCCUAGCUCGUUUCUAAGACGCGAAUCGCUUAACAAACAUUUGAGAGGUAUCGUUUUAUUCUUCCAAAAGUGAAAGUUCUACGUGCAAGUAAGUUAUAUCCGUAUACACGUGCGUAUACUAUAGAAGUAAACUUAGUAGGUAUUUGUACUAGGUGAAGAUAUUUAGAGUUCAUCGUAUCCACGUUGAUUCGUGUACUCUUUAUCGGGAUUCUCCCGCCAAACAUAAUAAAUAAAUGCAGCUAUAUUGAUCAUGUCUUGCGAUUGUGUAGCUCUGUGCCUUAUCCCCGUUUAAUUUAAGAUAUGUCCCAUCAGUUGUCGGCGUAAUGUAGUGUUCGUGAGAGGUGUGGUAGAUGUUGAUUCUUAGUUUAUUGUUGUGUUACAAUUCUAUCGAGGUGUGUAACUGUAUUGGUAUAUAAUAGAGUUGUGCAAUUUAAUCAUCGGAAUAUGCAUAUAUAGUAAUGAGAUUGUGAGAAAUAGAUUUAGACGUGACAAGUAGUAAUUAGUCAUUGAAUAGAUAACAUAACGUAGAUAUGUGUUGUAAUGUAUUCCCGAUGAAAACGUGCAACGCAUUUAUUACCACCUAGUGAACCCAAAGGUUUUCGCAAAAUGAUACAUCUGGUCUAACCGACCGGUUGUAUAAAAGUAAAAUUCAGGUCCAAUAUAUGCCAUUACAAAAAUGACUACAUAGCCGGUCAUUUAAGUUCUUACGAGAUCGAUCGAGUAGUUUACUUUUAAACUGGCUUGGUGCCCUUUAGAAAUGACUGUGUUUCAGAUUUGUACAUAUCGUAUGUUAUAAGUGUUGUGCUAGAUGAUAAGAACCAACCAUACAGUGCAAUCAAUGGUCGGCCUUGGUUUGUGGUGUGCGUAAUCAUCAAUAUCUCAUUCAUAAAUAAAUUUUCAGCAAUUACGCAUAUAAAACAGU